UAUCUCUGGCUCUCUCUCUCUCUCUCGCGCUUUCUCAAACAAGUAGCAUCGACCAGUACGACUGGAUCUAUAUCCCCCUGUUUCGUUUUGGAUUUGACUUGUGUAACCUAACCAUGCCUACCAUCGCCGGGCCGAGUUUGUCUUCUUAUAAACAUAUUGUCGGCGCCGGAACGGAGACACGUGAGAUUCCUCGGAAGAGAAAGCUGAGAUCUGAUUCAGCGGAAGUUAGUCUUUCGUCUGAAAAUUUCAUCACCACGCCGAAGAAAUCUAAAUCUCAUCGACAAAGUACUACUUCCAAUUCCAGAUUGUCAGAGAAGGAAGACGCUAAUGAAAAUUUGGCAAAUCCAGUCAAUUUGGCAGUAGAGAGCUUACCUGAUUGUUUAGGCACGAAAUCUAACUGGAAUCCUAGAGAUGAGGAGAAGAUGAGAGCUGUGAAGGAGGCACUACACGUCUCUAAAGCACCAUCAACAAUUGUUUGCCGUGAUGAUGAACAACAACGGAUUUUGGAGUUUGUUAAAGGUUGCGUAGAUCAGCGUAAGGCUGAUAGUUUGUACAUAUGCGGUUGUCCUGGAACUGGAAAAUCACUGUCUAUGGAGAAAGUAGUACAACAAGUUAGUGAUUGGUCAGAGCAGGAAGGUUUGCCACAUGUGGAUACAUUGUCUUUGAAUUGCACGUCAUUGACAAAAUCAACGGAUAUUUUCAGCAAGAUACUUGGUGAAAUCGAGCCUGGAACGAAAGCUAGUGGCUCCUCUUCACCUCUACAAUAUCUUCAGUUUCUCUUUUCUCAAAAGCAAGAAUCAUCCAGCUCAAGAAUGAUAUUAUUAAUCGCAGAUGAGAUGGAUUACUUGAUCACAAAAGACCUAGGAGUCUUGCAUGAUCUUUUUAUGCUUACAACUUUGCCAUUUUCACGCUGUAUACUUAUAGGUGUAGCAAAUGCAAUAGACCUUGCAGAUCGUUUCCUUCCAAAAUUGAAGUCUGUUAGAUGCAAACCUAUGGUUAUCACUUUCCGUGCUUAUUCUAAAGAUCAGAUCCUUAGGAUACUACAGGAAAGGCUUACGGGUUUUCCAUAUGUUGCAUUUCAACCAAAAGCCUUGGAGCUCUGUGCUAGAAAAGUUGCUGCAGCAUCAGGUGACAUGAGAAAAGCUCUAUCUGUCUGCAGGAGUGCUCUAGAUAUCUUAGAAAUAGAAAUAAGUGGUUCAACUGGACAAGAAUUACAAGGUCCAACUCCAGAUGAUCCAGUGGUAAGGAUGGAUCAUAUGGCUAAUGCAUUAUCUAAGACGUUUAGAUCUCCUGUAGUUGAAACUAUUCAGUCUCUUCCUCAACACCAACAAAUCAUAGUAUGUUCAGCGGCAAAGGCUUUCCGAGGGAACAAAAAGGAUGCAACCGUUGGAGAGCUUAACAAGUUAUACCUAGAAAUCUGUAAAUCUUGGACGAUAUCUCCAGCUGGAAUUACAGAGUUCUCUAACAUGUGCACAGUGCUAAACGAUCAGGGGAUUUUAAAGUUAGGUCAAGCUCGUGGAGAUAAGAUAAAGAGAGUUAGCCUGAGAGUAGACGAAUCAGACAUCACGUUUGCUCUGCAGGGAAUACGGUUUUUCCGCAAUUGUCUGAGGUGAGAAAUACUUCAUUCCUACAAAGGCAAGCAAUGGCGGAUUAAGUUGUAAAUUUAUUAGUGUAGAGUUCUAUAUUAUUUAAUUUAUAUAUACAAUGGCUAAAACCAUAUGAUGAAGUUACAACGCCCUUUGGUUUUAAAGAAUAAAUCAAAGUUUGUUUUGUAGAAACUUGUAAAA